AUGGUUGGUGCCCCUCCUUUUGUCUUUGCCAGCAAGCUUAGAAGACUUAAAGAUGUGUUGAAAGUUUGGAACAGAACGGUGUUUGGCGAUGUUCAGUUUAGGUUGAAACAAGCUGAGCUUAAGCUGGACGCAGAAAUGGACCUGCUUGAUUUUGAUCCAGCUGAUGAGUUGCAAUUCACUAGGGUGUCCGAUGCCAAAAAAGCAGCUGAUGAUGUGAGGAUGGACCUGGCUUCUAUGCUUCGUAUGAAGUCGAGAGAUGACAUUAAAGAUUUUCUUGUAAAUCAUUACAAGGAUAAGUUCAAUGGUGGGGAUACUUGUAUCGAUUCAAAGUUGUUUGAUUUUGAUCAUGAGCGUAUUUCUUCUCAGGAGAGUAUUCUCAUGGAUGCCAUUCCAAAUUUAGAAGAGAUUGAAGCUGUUGUGUUCGAUUUGGGUGCUGACUCUGCGCCUGGCCCUGAUGGCUUCUCUGGGAAUUUCUACAGAAUUUGCUGGGAUACAAUUUCUGCAGACCUUUGCAAGGCUAUUGUCAAUUGCUGGGAGAUGCGGAAAAUUCCCAAUGGAAUUAACUCAAGUUUCAUUGUUCUCAUCCCUAAGAAUAGCAAAUCUGAUGCUGUUAAAGACUAUAGGACAAUUGGCUUGAGCAAUUUCGUUUUCAAAAUCAUCACGAAGAUAAUGGCUACAAGGCUGAGCACUGUGCUUAAAAAUUUGAUUUCAGAGGAGCAAGUGGCGUUUAUGAAGGGUAGAAACAUUCAUGAAAACAUUUCUUUGGCUUCCGAGCUGAUCAAUGAGAUUAGUAGUAGCAGAAAGUAUGGUAAUAUUGGCCUCAAACUUGAUAUUUCUCAAGCUUUUGACACAGUGUGUUGGGAGUUUAUUGCUGAAGUUUUUCGACAAUAUAGUUUUUCUGACAACUGGUAUGCUUGGAUUCUUAGCGUUCUCAACUCAGGUAAAAUUUCGAUCAUGGUGAAUGGUUGCCCGGAAGGUUUCUUUAGCAUCUCUAGAGGUUUAAGGAAAGUUGAUCCGCUUUCUCCUCUGAUUUUUAUUCUCAUUGAAGAUGUUUCGAGCCGUAAUCUUUCCAAGCUCUUUGCUCGUCGUAGUAUGCACUAUAUGGUCAGAAAGAAAGGUAUUGCUCCUUCUCAUCUGCUUUUUGCGGAUGACAUUCUUAUUUUCUGCAGGGGCAAUCUGCAAAGUCUUCAAAAUCUGGUUACUAUUUUGGGCAUGUACAAAAGGGCCUCUGGCCAGUGUGUGAAUUUUUCCAAGAGUCAAUUUUACUAUGAAGGUGGAUCAAAUUCGAGAGCUGUGGAAAUUUCAAAUUUCUUGGGAAUGGGGAGAGCUUACUUUCCUGACAGAUACCUUGGUAUUCAACUAAAGCCUGUCAUUGUUAGGAUCAUUCAUGUUCGUCAGGUGGUGGAGAAGAUCAAGGACAAGCUUGAGGGUUGGAAAGGUCAACUCCUCUCUUUUCAAGCAAGACUGGUGCUGAUUAAGUCUGUGAUUUCGAUCUAUAUUAUUCAUUCCAUGGUUGUUUAUAAAUGGCCAUGUAUGGCCAUCAAGCAAGUUGAUAAGGCCAUUAGAAAUUUCCUUUGGUCUGGAGAUGCGGAGAAGCGUAAAUACUUCACAGUUCGUUAUGAUAGCUUGUGUUGCACGAAGAGUGAAGGAGGGCUGGGUAUCAAAAAGCUGUUAGAUGUUAACAAAGCAAUGUUGAUGAAGCUUUGGAUCUCUAUAAGAGAUUCUGACAAGAUUUGGGAAAGGUUUCUGAAAGCUAAAUACUUCAAUGGUAAUGGUAAUUUGAUUGACUACAAGCUGGGUUUGUCUGUCUUUCCAGGUAUUAGAUUGGUUUUCAACUUUGUGCAAAAACACACAAGAUCAAUUAUAGGCAAUGGUGAGAACUCUUCCCUUUUCUUUGAUAAUUGGUGUGGUGAUUUUUCGAUUGCUAAGAAGCUAGGCAUUUCUUCCAAAGGGCCUAAGGAUUUUCAGGCAAAAGUGUGCGAUAUUAUUGUCGAUGGUAUUUGGGCAAUCCCUCAAGCUACGAGAAAUUUGAUGCUUCGUUGUAACAUUGAUGAGGAUAACUUGCCAAUUAUUGAUGUAGGUGAUGAGUAUAAGAUUUGGGACCUGGAUAAAAAAUGUGUUUUUUCGGUCAAAUCUGCUAAGGCAGCUAUCAACUCUCCAACUGCUAUUCAGCCCUGUGCAGCUCUGUUCUCGAGAAAGGUGGUGCAUCCUUCUUUGGGUGUGCAGUACUGGAAGAUAUGGACCAAGCAAUGCUGUGCAACUGAUGACAACAUCAUUAAGAAGACUGGGAGAAGUUUGGCCUCAAUGUACCGCUUAUGCCGCAAGAAUUGUGAGACCUUAAGCCAUAUUACUUGGCACUGCAGUUUUGCUAGGAGGAUCUGGGCUUGGGCUGCUGGUAUCUUCAGUAUCCAGCCGAACGAGGAUCUAGUGAGUUCUUACCAGGUUGCAAAAGGUCGUAGUAGGAUGAUUAAGAAUUUGUGGCUGGUCACAAAUCUAGCCAUUGUCACGGAGCUGUGGAAGACUCGUAACAAGGCUUACUUUGAGAAUGCACCAAUUCAUUGGCUUGGUUUUAAGGGUCGGGUUUACCAAAUGAUUCGCGACAACUCAAUUAGAAUGAAGGGUCAUAUGUUCAACAAUGUAGAAGAUUUGAGGAUUUUGAACUAUUUCCGUGUUCAGCACAGGUCUUGCAAAAUCUCUAUCCCUCUUGAGAUUAGAUGGUUUCCUCCAAAUCCCGAUGAGAUAAUGAUUUGCUGCGAUGGUGCGUCAAUGGGUAAUCCGGGUCAAGCUGGUGCAGGGGUUAUGUUUCGUGAUGCUAAUUCAGCGGUGCUUGGCGUUCUUUGUGUUGGUCUGGGCUGGCAAACCAACUUAUAUGCAGAGGCCUGUGCAAUCAUUUAUGGUGCGAUGUUAGAUAAGAUCUGGAAGGCCACCAACAUUUGCAUUCGUUCUGAUUCGAUGAGUUGUAUCCAAGAUUUUGAGAAGGAUGAAUUGCCUGACAGCUGA